AUGCCGGUCGCUAUUUCAGUGGAGGAGUAUCACGGGCCGCUUGGAGUAUACCGUACGCAGGAGCAGCGUGCCGGGAACCAUGGGGGACUGCCCAUGAGUGACCUGCACCCGAAGCCGGAGGAAGGACGGUACACCGUCCACCAUCAUCACCAUCGCGAGCGCCCCGGACACGACUAUGCAGAGGACGUCAUCACCGUGCAGGGUGUUCAACCGCACCACAAGACAAGCUAUGGAGAGACGCUGAUGCAUCUCUUCAAAGGAAACAUCGGAACGGGCUGCUACGCGAUGGGCGAUGCGUUCAAGAACGGUGGUCUGGUGAUGGCCACUCUGCUGACCCUACUGCUCGGCUUUGUGUGCGUGCAUUGCCAGCAUGUGCUGAUCAACUGUGCCAACGUGAUGGCGGAACGUCGUCGCCAGCGGGAGGCUCAGGAACAACAACAGCAGCCGCAGCAGCAGCAGGUUGACACUCCGGAGCAACCAGCUGGCGGUGCCUCGCACCAUCAGCCUCCCGACUUCGCCGACACCGUCGGUCUCUGCUUCGAGUAUGGACCGCCGUCGGUGCGUCGCUGGGCUCCGACGAUGCGCGCUGCCGUAAACAUCUUCAUCUGCGUCACACAGCUCGGCUUCUGCUGCAUCUACUUCGUGUUCAUCUCGUCGAACUUCAAGCAAAUCGCCGACCGGCACGGCUUCGUGCUCGAUGUGCACCUGCAUAUGGUGCUGCUGCUCGUGCCGAUCGUGCUCACCUCCAUCAUCACCAAGCUGAAGUUCCUGUCGUACUGCUCGCUCACCGCCAACGUGUUCAUGACGUUCGGCAUCGGCAUCACGUUCUACUACGCGCUGCAGGACCUGCCGUCGCCGAGCGAGCGCAACUACGUCGGGCAGAUCGACCAGCUGCCGCUGUUCUUCGGCACCGCCAUCUUUGCGUUCGAGGGCAUCGCCCUGGUGCUGCCGCUGCAGAACGAGAUGAAGAACCCGCACGACUUCCGCAAGCCGUUCGGUGUGCUGAACCUCGGUAGUGUCUUCAUCGUGGCGCUCUUCACCGUGUUCGGCUUCAUCGGGUACCUCAAGUGGGGCGAGGAGGUCGAGGGAAGCAUGACGCUCAAUCUGCCCGACAACGAGAUCUUGGCAGAGAGCGUGAAGGCGAUGAUCGCGACCGGUGUGCUGCUCGGGUACGCCCUCCAGUUCUUCGUCGCCAUCAUGAUCAUGUGGCCGAUGGUCCAGAGCCGCUUCACAAUCGCCCGCACCCAUCCCAUCCGCUCCGAAAUGGCGUUCCGCGUGCUGCUGGUCCUGCUCACUUUCCUCAUCGCCGAGUGCGUGCCGAAGUUGUCGCUGUUCAUAUCGCUCAUCGGCGCGUUCUGCUCGUCGGCCCUGGCGCUCAUGUUUCCGCCGGUCAUCGAGCUGAUCGUGGCCUACUCUCCGGUGGGGCAGAAGCCGAGCCGCUGGCUGCUGGUGAAAAACGCACUGAUCUUGCUGCUGGCCGUGCUGGGCUUCGCCACCGGCACCUACGAGAGUGUCUCGAAGAUCAUCGCCGAAGUCUAA